AUGUCUAAUGCUACCCCUGUCUCUGCCUGCGCGCGUGCAUGCGUGCGUGGAGUGCACGCCCCGCAUGACGUGUACACUGGGCGUGCGCGCGCACUCGGACUCCGAAGGAGGAAAAUGGCGAGUUCGUGUAAACGACGAAUCUGUAGCAACGAGAAGCGCGGCUUUCGUCAGGAUUUGGAUUCGUGGCGGUUUAAACUCAUUGAUUGUGUGGGUGCUGAGAAGAUCUUGGAGUUGUUACUCGGGACAAGAAUUUUAGAGGAUCUAAGUCAGUUUAAAGAUUAUAAGCCUGCAAGUGUGUCAAAUUGGUCAUUUGAUGAAAAUUGUCUUUUCUGCUGCUUAAGACGAGAGAAAGUGAAGGAACAUGUAAUUGCACUCAAUAACAAAAUUGUGGAAAGUGGAGGCAAACCUUUACUUGGCAAGGAUCAUUGUAAUAUCAACAGACUUGAGUGGCAAGUAGAAGAAUUCCUCAAUGCAGUCUUGCACAGGAAAGAAUACGCACCAAGGAUCCCGGAUCCUCACAUCCCUGUGGUGGCUUGUGAUGUCAUGCAACAAAUGAUCAAUCGCUUAGUGGUGCAUUAUACCUCAAAUAACUCUCAGGACUCACCUCAGCACAAUGGCAUGGACCAAAGCCUGCUGAAAACUCACUCUAGCACAUCACCCAUCACUGUUGCUACACCUACGGCUGCUGCCUCUACACAGAAUCCUGUCCUCAGUAAGCUCCUCAUGGAUGACCAAGAUGCACCUCUGGACCUUUCAGUCAAGAAGGUCAGACCAGAAAUCAGUGAACAAGAUGGUGUUCUGGAUCUUUCAAUCAAGAAGAGUCGUAAUCCAGACAGCAUGCUUAACAGAAGCCCUCAUGUGAAUUUGACCACACCAGUUGUUACAAGGCAAGCUUCGGAUUCAGGUUUUGCAAAAGCAAGAGAUCUGCAGUCAUUAUCCACAUUAGAACAGUUUAUGGCAAAGCUAUGUUUGCAUCACCAGCGGCAGAUUGUUGACGCAUUUGGAUUCUUGCAAACUGAAGUGAAGGCUGUGACUUCCUCCAGUGAAGUGCAAGUGUCCUCUCCAACAGUCCCAGAAAAACCAAUAAGCUCAGACUGUGCAACGAUUGAAGGAAGGGUAGAGAUUCAAGGGACUGAAGAAACAUGUGCUUUGCCUGGGGGCCAAGAAUCACCUGUUUCCAAAAGUAAUGAAGUUUCACCUGCAGAACAGCCCCUGAAACCCGAUGGGCCAUUGAUUGCAUCAAUCAAGAAUGGAUCAUCCAUAGAUCUUGUUCAGAGAGAUAUUGGAGAUAAUGAUGAUGAUGAUGAAUGUAGGAGUACAAACAUUCAGCCUAAGUGUCCAACUUUAGUGAUUGUGAAAGACAACCAUGGAAACCUUGAAGCCAAAAAGUUGUCUGAGGUGGGCUCAAUCAUUCAACAACCUAAUACUGGCACUUUAGAGCAGGGCCCAUGUGCUUCUGACACACAGUCACACACAAAUAGUCUUGAUCAUGGUAUUGGUGCGCUGUCUUCAUGUUCUACGAGUCAUGUACGCGCUGACCCUAAAUGCCUUCCAAUACGUAGCAAUGAUACUCUUGUUAAACUCUGCUCAAUUCAAAGGACCACAAAUGUCAUUUCACCUAAUUCCUCAAGAACAGCUAAGAAAAGUAGCAGAGGCUCUCACUCUCGACCUAGGCCUGGCUCAGCAGGUAACAUUGUAAAUGAUCCUGACAUUAAAUAUGACAUUGUCUAUGUAAGGAAACCAAUUACUGAAUGUAAGCUUCAAUCACAGAACCAUAUGCUUCGAAGGAAAAAUGCUAGAAAAAGCACAAGAGGACAUCUGUGUUUUGGGGAUUGCUGGGAGAUAAAAACUGUGCGAACAUUGGCUCAGAAUGGUAGUGGGAAUUAUCCUGUUCGUAUGCCGGAGACCACACCACUCACCCCAAAGCCGGCCUGUGGUAAACCUGACGGUUUACCUGCUAUAGCAGUACCUUUUACUGGGGAUUGUAUGGAAACUGUGAUGAACAAAAACCUAUCUGAUCAGUCAGUGGUGACAGAAAUGCCUGGAGAUGUUGUUGAAAUAACAAGUGAGGAUUUGAUUGUAGAACCUAGUCAAACAGGUCAAACUCAGCAGAAAGAACAAUUUCCCUCUCUACUUGCAGAUGAGGAAUGUGAUCCAUUUGUGCAGCAGGACUCUAAUGUGGAUAUGCAUGACAUUUCAGACAGUAGUGGAAGAACUUCCAAUUCUACAAUGGCAAAUGAAACAACUCAAAAAAUAGAAUUUACAGCAAAGGAAACUAUAGAUGCUCCUACCUCGAGUGUGAUAUUGGGUGGGUUAGAAACAAAGGUCCAGGGUCAAAAUGUAGCCACAGAGGCAUUGCUAAACAUGGUCUCCUCAAGCAUAGAAAGUGAUGCAUCUGAGGCAGAAGGUUUGAGAGUAGGAAGUGAAUCGAAAAAUCAAAAUCCUUCUAAGUGCGAUUUCCUAACAAAGUCCCCAGAACAGACUGAAUGUCUAAGAAAACAGGCAAUGACAUGUACAGAUAACAGCACAUCGUUACAAACGACUUGUGGAACUGAAGCAAACGUCAAAGCAGUGGAUUCUAUGAAUCCAAAUAAAGAUAAAGUGGAGUCGAGGAUGUCUGAUUUAGUGGUGGAGGAAAUUACUACAAAAGAACAACUUGAAGAACGUAGGGAAGGUGUGUCCGAAGGUUCCGUUACAAAGAAUGGUGUUGGAAAACACGCCCUCACUUCAGACAGGUUUUUGCGAAGUGGAGUCUCCAAAGGCAUAUCUGAACAAACAACUGUCUCUGACGUGUCAGACCAGACAAAACUGGCUGACUUGCAGUCAGAUAUUCAUGAAAAAAAUACUACAGAGUCUAAACAGUCAUUGAUGACUUCUAAAUCGAAGCAUACUGAGGAAAAUGUGGCAUGUCAGGGUGGUCAGUAUAAUAUAGAUGUCGCAGAUUUUAGUCCUGAGAAAGUGCAGCAGUCCCCAGUGGUCAUGCAGGUUGACGGUAUAGGUAACAAAGUGUGCACAAGCCAGAAGCAAAAGAUAAUAAGGCUGAAGAAAAUGGAGCCUGAUAAAGAGCAGAAGGUCCAAGAGCUCCCAAACCCAAAGGAUCAGCUUAAAGGUUGUGUGGUGAAAGGUGCUCCUGAAAAUGAGGUGAAUACUCCUCCUGAGAGUGGUGAAUCUCCUGGAAAGAACAGCCCUGGGAAAUCCAUAAGGGUUUUUGAAAGAAUGCCACUUAGAAGCAGGAGCAGUCAAAGUGAGCAUUCUGCUAGUAGUGACUCCUGUUCACCUACCAAAAAUACUCCACACACCCCUGAACGAAUGCCUUUAAGAAACAGGAAUAGCAUUAGUGUUGAUCAGCCUGUGGAUGGAGGUUCUUGCAGUUCCCCCACUGCAGGCCCUGUAGAGAAGCUUGAACGAAUGCCUUUGAGAAACAGGAAUAGCGGUUUUGUUGAGCAGACUGUGGGCAAAGAUUCCUGCAGUUCCCCAAAUGCAAGCAGUUUAGACAGUGUGACACGCAUGCCUCUGAGAAGCAGAAACAGUAGUGCAGCCAGUCGCCAUGUCACUGAAGGUUCCUCUGAUGUGAUCAAGGAUGCAUCAGGCACCAUCACUGAACAACCCAGUGGUGAGGACAGUGGUGUUACCAGUAAGAAAUUAGUGAGCACUGGACACAUGCCUCUAAGAAGUGGAAGUGGUCUGAUGGCAGAACAGUCAUCCAGCAUGUCACCGAGAAGGAGCAAUACUUGUAUUGCUGAAAAGCAGAAUUGUUUACCAACAUCUCCCAAGAGUAAAAUGCUUUCUCCGAGACUUCAAAAGAUGUCCAGAACAUCUGUACUCCCCUUAGUCCAUAAAGGAGAACACAACAAUAACAGUGCUAACGUCAAGACUGAUAAACUAUUUAAUGACCAAAUGAAAGUCUCUUCUAUCCCAGAUUCAUUUACUUCACUUAACCUACCAACCACCAGUCCUUUAAUCCCCAGUCCAUGCAAGUUUUUGGAGGCUUUAAAUGGGGAAGCAAACCAACAUCUGAUUUCAGAUUUAAAUAGCAAAUUUGAUAAGAUGCAAAAAGGGUGGGUUCAAAUGGACAAAGAGGGACAGCCUGCACCAAAACCAAAAAACAAGGCAGACAGACUAAAGGAAAUCUGGAAAAGCAAACGAAGAAUUAGGAAACCAAGGUCAUUAGAGCAGCAGAAAUUCUCUCCUGUGCAAAUGUUAUUUAUGAAAUCCUUUGACCUUCCCAAUAUCUGUCGCUGGUUCUUGCAGUCAACAGAAACAAAAUCUCUUGUUAUUGUAAAGAAGGUGAACACAAGGCUUCCAUCUGAAACACAGCUGGGUUUUCAAACCUCACCUUCUGUGCCAGAGUCCUCUGAUGGAGUAUUCCCAAGUCUGCAGGCUGAACGCUUAAAAAAGCACCUGAAGAAGUUUGCCAUUGCGUCCCCUGUGAAGAGCAACCCCAAGAACAAAAGGCUAAUUGCUAAAGCCUUAGCCCAGGGUAUCUCUAAAGGCAAAGAAAAACGAGAACCUAGGACUGCCACACGGAUCUCUUCAAAGCCACAGAGCUCUACUUGUUUGAUACAGACACAGUCCCUUGAGAACCACAGCAAGGUUGCUGCAAGCACAAAAAAUCAAGCAAGUGUAAAAAACCCAGCAAGUGCUAGAAUUCUGAGGAAAUAUUCCAAUAUGCGUGAGAAAAAAAAUGUCCAACAAAACUCUUUGAAGAAUUUAAAGAGGUCACUAGUAGAGGUAGACAAUAGCCAUUCCAUGACAAAGAAGGUCUCUAAAGGAAAACUGUCCACAAGGAGAGGACAAAAAUCAGCCAUUGUCAAGAAAGUGAAGCGGUUAGCUAGAAAGGCAAAAACCCCUGCUGCAAAAGGGAAAAUGCCAAAAGGUGGUUGUAGAGGGUUAAGAGAUUUAAAUGAAAAGGGUGGAAUCUCUCCGAAGAGGGUGCUUCCCAGAGUAUUAAAAUCUAACCGUGUAACUGCUCCUAAAACCGUGAGUAAAAAAGAAAUGCUGGUGAAAACUGAGAAGUCUCCACAAACAAAAACUGACUGUAAGAAAUCACCUCUUCGUAAAGGUCCUGAAAGUCUAAUGUCUCAGUCUCAAGUUACGAACAUGAAGCCUCUGUUAUCAGAAGACCAGGUUCUCACAAGGUCUCAAAGAAAGAUGGAAGCCACUCUUGCACAAACGGGAUCUCCAAAAACCUCCACGAAAAGAGGCAUGGAAACCUCGGUCACAUCAGCGAAGCGGACGAGGACAUCGAAGUGAUCAUGAAGGAUAGAAUUAGAUAAAGACUGCCGUUGCAGAUAGGUGAUGGUGUUUCCACAAGUGAGAAUUGUUUCUUUUCUGGGAAGACAGCUUGCACAGCUUCAUUAUUAAGAAGCAUAAAAAUCGUUUGACUUCCUCCCUCUCGUCUUUUGUGCAGACCCACGUGAACAGCUGUGUGCAGAAAUUCACAACCAAAUGUACAAUGUUUAUAGUACACAUUUCUAUAUUAGCAUUAGUGUUGUCACUAGCCUUUAUUUGAGUAUUUAGUGUUGUGCACUCGACUUGCAAGGUACAAUAUGUCCAAAAUGGUCCUUCUGUCGAUUAUAACAAAAUGUUGUGUGUGCUGGUUGAUUAGAAAUUACUCCUUAAUAAUUGACCAACUCCAAACAUUUUACCCUAUCACCAAUUAGAGCUGGUUUUGUGACCUUGAUAAUGUGCCUUAUUAAGUAACAGACUGUUCUUUAAACCAUGGAAUCCUCUAUACUGCACGUGUCAUUUUGCUUAAAGAUAUCCGUAUGCCCAAGAUACAUCUCUGAGCUCUGUUUCCUACAGCCACCACACUCAUUGCUUCUUCCAAGCAUUUAAGCACGUCUUGAUGUAUACCUUAUUUAGGUUUUCUAUAUUUCAAGGUAAUUCAAGGAGCAUUAAACAUUUUCUGAAUACUUCAUCAUUCUGUAAUUUUCUGUUUUGUCCCUGUGAUGUUUAUUGUUCCUGUCAUAAUUCUCAGUUCAACCUGUUACUUGUUGCCUUAAUUGUGUUUGCUCCUUUAUAUCUCAUUACUUGCUGAUGGUCAGCUAAAGUGAAACUUUAAAAUUUUGAUUUCAUUUCAUUAUAGCUUAAUAUAACUAACUAUAACUUAUGAAUAAACAGGUCAGUGGCUUGUCAUAAUGGAAAUACUUUAUUUUGUUUGUUCAGUUAACAGGCUUUGCUGUCUACCGAAAAUGCUUUAGCUAAUAUUUGGAAUCUUAAUGCAGGUUUUUUUUUUUUUUUUUUUUUUAACUUUUGCUCUGCCGUUCUGGAGUGGGCAGAAGAGUCUAGAGCAGAUUACAAAUCAUGUAUCUAUUCAUGAAUUCUGUGUGCAGUAGAUGGUUGCGAUUACUGGAUUCCCAAACACAUAAUUGAAUUGAGAGAAGAACAGAAAGAUGCCUAUGUGCAAAAGUAUUCACUUUUGUGUUUCUCUGAAUUUGAAGACUAUGCAUGGAAGGUGAUGUGCCUCAGAGUAUCAUCUGCAGAUAUUUCUUGAAAGGUUGACUCUUUCUUUCAAUACAGAUACUUUGACCAAAAUGAAAAUGUGACUAAUAAUAAUUGAAGGCUAAUAAUGUCCAUUAGUUUCAGUUUUGGACAGACAUUUUACUUUGAGUGCUGGAGUCUUACUUAUUUCUGAGUUGGACUGAAUGUCAUCUGAAUGAACAUGUGAACCUUUUAAUUGUCUACAAUUUUAAAGCUAUUUAAAAAAAAUAAUCAACGUGCCGCCGUUAUCAAAAUUAUUUACUCUAAUUAUAGGAUUAAACAUAAUUUUGUAUUUUGGGGAGAUAUUUGGUGGCGGUCAUUUAUCAGCUCAGUCUUGUCAUGUUUUACCUUAGCACAAUUGUACUUUUUUCUUUUGACUUUGAGUAAUAUCUUGUAAAUGCAAAGGUAUACUGCUUUAGAGUUUUAAUUGAUAUUUAAUGUUACCAUGGGUAUCAUGGGUAUCGGUCAAAGUUUGAUUUACCCACCAAAUACCAGACUUGAACAUUUUACUUUACUAUUGAUAUUUAUAGUUUUUGGUUUUGUAUAUUUGAGAAGAGCACAGGUGUAUUUGUGUAAUGUUUUUAAGUUCCUGCUAAAACUGGUAUAAAUUGUUUGAAUUCAA